UCGGUUGGACGGCUCCGAGUAAAGGUGUCGCAAUACCAGUAUCGCUUAUACUAACCAUUACCUACACACAUUUUUAUUAUUUCAAUUUACUAUUUGCUAGUGCUUAUUUAGUAUUUUUCAGUUUAUAAAGUUUUGUGAAAUAUUCUAGUUAAGUGUACGUCGGUAUAGUGAAAGUGUUAAUAUUUUUCUAUAGUAAUAUGGUGUUUUGACGGAUUAACAGUCUCACUUAAGAAAAACAAAGAUUCAUCCAGCUGGCAUGAGGAUUAAAAUAUAUGCGGCCAUUUUAUUGGUCGUCACUCUUCCAUACGUCUUGUCACAGAUUCAGACUCCUGGAACCGGGCUAUUUUCUUGUCCAUCGGGAUGGGAGCUCAAAGGGCUACAUUGUUACAAAUUUUUCAGCAUAAAGCAUUCGUGGGAAAAUGCUGCCCAACUGUGCAACAGGUAUGGCAGUGACUUGGUAUUAAUUGAGUCAUACACGGAAAAUAACUACACUGCGUCAUUGGCGAGAAGAAGUCUAGGGCCAGUAGAUAGAAACAAUCAGAAAUAUUGGUUGGGAUUGGCUUCGUUAGACGAUCUUCGAACGAAUACUUUAGAAUACGCUGGUGGAGUUUUAGUGUCACAAUAUUCCGGAUUUUGGUCAUUGUCUCAACCAGAUCCAUCAUCUGGAGAAUGCGUUGACGUGACUGUGACCGAUGAACAACAGUCGUGGGAGUUGCAAACGUGCGAAUCUCUAUUGCCAUUUUUAUGCAGAGCUAAUGCCUGUCCAACAGGCUCGUUUCACUGCUCAAACGGACGUUGCGUCAAUUCAGCAUUCAAAUGUGACAAGCAGAAUGAUUGUGGUGAUUGGUCAGAUGAACUGGAUUGCACUUCAAACUGCCAUUAUUAUAUGGCCAACAGCGGUGACGUUGUUGAAUCUCCCAAUUAUCCACACAAAUAUGAAGCCCUGUCUAAUUGUAAAUGGACAUUGGAAGGACCACAAGGCCAUAAUAUAUUAUUACAGUUCCAAGAAUUUGAAACGGAGAAGUCAUUUGAUACUGUACAAAUUCUGGUUGKCGGUCGUACUGAAGAUAAGGCAGUUAAUUUAGCAACACUUUCUGGAAAAAUGGACUUGAGUAACAAAAUGUUUGUAUCGGCUUCUAAUUUCAUGAUUGUCAAAUUUAGCUCAGAUGCUUCAGUAGAACGUAAAGGCUUCAGGGCUUCGUGGAAAACAGAACCGCAAGUAUGUGGUGGUAAUUUAAGAGCAACAACACAACCACAACCUUUAACUUCACCCGGAUUUCCUAAUAAUUAUCCUGGUGGUUUGGAAUGCUUGUACACAAUCACUGCUCAAGCUGGAAGAAUCAUUACUCUCGAGAUUGAAGAUUUAGAAUUACAACAAAACAGAGACUUUGUAUUGAUUAGAGAUGGAGAUUCGCCAAAAAGUCAACCAAUUGGACGUUUAACAGGAACGUUGGAAAACAAUCCUAGGUUAUUAAUGUCUACCGGAAACCAAAUGUAUUUAUACUUCAAAACAAGUUUAGGUGAUAGCAAAAAAGGUUUCAAAAUUAAAUACUCACAAGGUUGUAAAGCCACUAUAACCGCUGCUAAUGGAACAAUUGCUUCACCUACUUUUGGUUUAUCAAAUUACCCAAGCAAUUUAGAAUGUCUCAUUAAAAUCAAGAACCCAUCUAUGAGUCCAUUAUCACUGAAAUUCGAUUCGUUUGUCUUACAUCAAUCUGAUUACGUACAAGUUUAUGAUGGAGCAAGUACUAGUGGACUAAGACUUCAUCCAAAUAAUGGUUUUACUGGAAGUACUCCACCUAAGAUUACACUUACAGCGGCCAGCGGAGAGAUGUUAGUACGAUUUGUAACAGACGCAUUACACAACCAAAAAGGAUGGCAUGCAACAUUCUCAGCUGAUUGUCCAACAUUGAAGCCUGGUGAAGGAGCGUUAGAAUCAAAUAGAGACACUGCUUUUGGAACAACUGUUACUUUCUCAUGUCCUGUAGGACAAGAGUUUGCAACAGGAAAAUCAAAAAUCACGACUGAAUGUUUAAUUAGUGGUAAYUGGUCAAUUUCCUACAUCCCAAAAUGUCAAGAGGUGUAUUGCGGUCCCGUUCCACAAAUCGAUAAUGGGUUUUCAAUCGGUUCAACUAAUGUUACUUACCGAGGUCAAGCAAUGUAUCAGUGUUAUGCAGGAUUUGCCUUUCCAUCCAACGAGCCAAUCGAAAAAGUAUCAUGUCUUGCAGAUGGGCGAUGGGAAAGAUUACCAACAUGUUUAGCUUCUCAAUGUCCACCACUUCCGGAAACACCACAUGCCAAUUUCACGGUUUUAAACGGUGGCGGACGAAGUUAUGGAACCAUAGUGCGGUUCCAGUGCGAGUCAGGAUAUGUUCGAUCAGGACAUCCUGUAGUACUUUGUAUGAGUAAUGGAACGUGGUCUAGUGGAGUUCCAGUCUGUUCUCGUGCGGAGUGUCAUGUACUACCUGAAAUUCAAAAUGGAUUCGUUAUUGAUCAAACGCGUAAAUACUUGUAUGGAGAUGAAGCUCGUGUACAAUGUCAUCGGGGAUUCAAAUUAACUGGGGGACCAUCGAUAAUAAAAUGCGGAGCUAAUCAAACUUUUUUAAAUGUACCAAAAUGUGAAGAUGUAAACGAGUGUGCCGCUAGUCAAUGUGAUUUAUCAUCGACAGAAUGUGUCAAUAGCUUAGGAGGGUUCCACUGCCGUUGUAAGACUGGUUUCGCACCCACUAUGGAAUGCAGACCAGUUGGAGAUCUGGGUCUAAUUAGUGGAGGAAUUUCAGAUGAUUCUAUCACUGUAUCUGGAUCUGAACCUUCAUUUACCAAAGAGAUGAUAAGAUUAAAUACGAUGCGUGGAUGGUGUGGCACGAAUGUUGAACCUGGAGACAAUUGGGUUUUGAUUGAUUUAAAAGCACCAACAGUAAUACGAGGCUUUAGAUCACAAGGUGUAAUGAGAGGAUCUAACAAAAUUGCAUUCUCUUCAGCUAUAAGAAUUCAAUAUUCGAAUAAUCUGACUGAUGUGUUUAGGGAUUAUACCAAUCCCGAUGGUACACCAGUGGAAUUCCGCAUUUUAGAACCUAGUUUGUCAGUGCUCAAUUUUCCAAUGCCCAUUGAAGCUCAAUAUAUUAAACUAAAAAUUCAAGAUUACGUCGUGGCUCCUUGUUUAAAACUUGAAUUAGUUGGUUGUACUAGAUUAGAUUGUGUUGACGUGAACGAAUGUUCAGUUAACAAUGGUGGAUGUCAGCAAAAAUGUAUUAACAGUCCUGGAAGUUAUGCUUGUUCCUGUAAUAUUGGAUAUGAACUGUAUGUAAAGAAUGGAACUGCUGGAUUUUUUAUAAAUGAAUUUGAAUCUGGAGAAAGAGAUGGUGACGUAUACCAAAGAAAUAAGACCUGUGUUCCAGUUAUGUGUCCCAAUUUACAAGCACCUGAAAAUGGCGUGGUUCUUUCGACAAAAGAAUCUUAUCAUUUUGGAGAUUUAGUGAACUUCCAGUGUAAAUUCGGAUACGUGAUGGCUGGAUCAGCAUCUCUUUUAUGUACAUCCACUGGAGCAUGGAAUGGAACAGUACCUCAAUGUCAAUCUGCAAAAUGUGUAUCUCUUCCUGAUGAUAAGAUUGAAGGUCUUAAAGUAAGUCGAUUUGAAAAAGAUGCAGUACUCGUGCCAUUCAGAGAAAAUGUUACAUUAAAAUGUGAAAACCCGGGACGAACUCUUCGAGGAACUGCAACUUCUGGCUUUAGACAAUGUGUUUAUGAUCCAAAACCAGGUUUCCCCGAAUAUUGGCUAUCUGGAGCAACUCCAUCAUGCCCGAGAGUAGACUGUGGUGUACCAAUGCCUACAGCUGGAGCUGAAUAUGGAAAUUUCAAAGAUACUAGAUAUCAAUCAUCUUUCUUCUUUGGUUGUCAAGAUACAUUCAAACUUGCUGGACAGACCGAUAAGAAUGAUAAUGUAGUGCGUUGUCAAGCAAAUGGUAUUUGGGAUUUCGGAGAUUUAAGAUGUGAAGGUCCCGUGUGUCAAGACCCUGGAAGACCUACAGAUGGUUAUCAAGUAGCCUCAAGCUAUGAACAAGGCUCCGAAGUACAAUUUGGAUGUAAUAAACCUGGCUACAUAUUAAUUAAUCCAAGACCUAUUACAUGUAUCCGAGAGCCUGAAUGUAAGGUUAUCAAACCAUUAGGUUUGACUUCUGGUAGAAUUCCAGAUUCAGCUAUUAAUGCAACAUCAGAAAGGCCAAAUUAUGAAGCUCGUAACAUUCGUUUGAAUUCAGUUACUGGUUGGUGUGGUAAGCAAGAAGCAUUUACUUAUGUUAGCGUUGACUUGGGACAAGUAUACAGAGUCAAGGCCAUCCUCGUGAAAGGUGUAGUUACCAAUGAUAUCGUAGGGCGUCCAACCGAAAUUCGCUUCUUUUACAAACAAGAAGAAAAAGAAAAUUUCGUUGUAUACUUCCCAAAUUUCAAUUUAACAAUGAGAGAUCCUGGAAACUUUGGUGAAUUGGCUAUGAUUACUUUACCAAAAUAUGUGCAAGCACGAUUUGUCAUCUUAGGAAUUGUUAGCUAUAUGGAUAAUGCUUGUUUGAAAUUUGAAUUGAUGGGUUAUAACGAACCUCCGGUAUUCCAAAAUUGUCCAACUCAACCGAUCAUAGUACGUCGUGGACCUAAUGGAAUAGAACCAGUUAAUAUGACAGAACCAGUACCAGUUGACAACAGUGGUAGCAUUGCAAGACUUGAAGUGAAACCGCAAAGUUUUAAAUUACCAUUCUAUACAUUCCAAGAUACAGCAGUAAAAUACGUUGCAUUUGAUUUUGACGGAAAUGUAGCCAUCUGUGAAAUAAACAUCACAGUUACAGAUGAAACCCCGCCACAAUUGAGUUGUCCCCAAAGUUACGUUAUUGAAUUAGUGAACAAACAAGACAAUUAUGUAGUAAACUUUAAUGAAACUCGUAGACGAAUUAAUGUAUCAGAUGCUUCUGGUGAAGUCACGCUUACAUUUAAUCCAGACCGAGCUUCGAUUGCUAUUGGAGAUUAUGAAAAUGUAACAGUUACAGCAGCUGAUAAAUUUGGAAACAAAGCUACUUGUUAUUUCCAGGUUUCUGUACAAGCAACUCCUUGUGUUGAUUGGGAUCUUAAGCCACCUUCAAAUGGAGCAUUAAAUUGUCUGCCAUCUGAUGAUAGUGGUUUAGAGUGUAUAGCUACUUGCAAAGCUGGAUUUAGAUUUACCGAUGGCCAACCAACAAAAUCAUUUACUUGUGAACAAAGAAGUCAAUGGUCACCWUCUUCAGUUGUACCAGAUUGUGUAUCUGAAGACACACAUCAAGCUGAUUAUCACGUGGUGCCAUCAAUAAUUUAUCGUGCUAAUGGCGCAGUCCCAUCUUUAUGUUUAAGACAAUACGCUGACAUUUUGAGCCAACAUUAUGGACCUCUUAAUGAUAUUUUGACAGAAAGAUGUUCUGCUGUUAAAGUUAACAUGAAUGUAUCAUUCAUUGAUACUAAACCACAACUAUUAGAUGAAAACUUAGUUCAGAUUGAUUUUGUAUUAGGAGUUUUACCAGAAGUUAGACAGCCUCAAUUAUAUGAUUUCUGUGGGUCAACUUUGAAUUUAGUUUUUGAUCUUAGUGUUUCAUAUGCUAGUGCUGCUAUAGAACCACUGUUAAAUAUAUCAGCAGUAGCUAAUCAAUGUCCUCCAUUGAAGGCUCUUAGAUCAUCUGUAUCUAAAGGAUUCACUUGUAAUAUUGGCGAAGUACUUAAUAUGGACACUAAUCAAGUGCCUCGAUGCUUGCAUUGUCCGGCCGGAACUUAUGCUGGAAUCAAACAAACAUCGUGUAUGCCAUGUGCCCGUGGCUACUACCAAGAUACAGCUAGACAAGGUGCUUGUAUGAAAUGUCCUAAUGGAACAUACACUAAGGAAUUGGGAUCAAAAAGUUUGAAAGAUUGUAUUCCUGUGUGUGGAUAUGGAACUUAUUCACCGACAGGACUUGUUCCUUGUCUCGAAUGUGCUAGAAAUAGUUAUACAUCAGAGCCACCUACUUCUGGUUUCAAGGAAUGUAUAUCAUGUCCACCUAACAUGUUUACAUACCAACCUUCUGCUCCAAACAAAGAUUUUUGCAGAGCUAAAUGUCCUCCUGGUCAGUAUUCAGAAACUGGUUUAGCGCCCUGCUCACCAUGUCCUCCAAACUACUAUCAAGCGGGAAGUGGACAAACUGCGUGUUUGGGAUGUCCUACAAAUACAAAAACCAAAGGAUCUGGAGCUGCAGGACGAGAUGAAUGUCAAUCUAUCGUUUGCACCGAAAGUUCAUGUUUACAUGGUGGGCUUUGUGUACCACUCGGUCAUGGAAUACAAUGUUUCUGUCCAGCUGGRUUUUCAGGAAAACGUUGUGAAAUCGACAUAGACGAAUGUGCUUCUCAGCCAUGUUUCAAUGGAGGUUCAUGUAUAGAUCUUCCUCAAGGUUACCGUUGCCAGUGCAAAAAUGGAUUUAGUGGAAUAAACUGUCAAGAAGAGAAAUCUGACUGUAGGAACGAUACAUGUCCCGAAAGAGCAAUGUGCAAAGAUGAACCAGGGUUAGGCAACUUUACUUGCCUUUGUCGUAGUGGCUACACAGGACAAAAUUGUGAUAUGACGAUUGAUCCAUGCAUGGAAACAUUAAGCCCAUGUAAGAACUCAGCUACUUGUACAGCAUUGAAACAAGGUAGAUACAAAUGUGAAUGUAAGCCUGGUUGGGAAGGUGAACAUUGUGAUAUAAACAUCGAUGACUGCGCAGAACGACCAUGCCUUUUGGGAGCGGCUUGUACAGAUCUCAUUAAUGAUUUCAAGUGCGCGUGCCCACCAGGUUUUACGGGAAAACGUUGUGAAACAAAAAUUGAAAUAUGCGCGGCUAACCCAUGUCAAAAUGGUGUGUGCAUUGAUAGAUUAUUCAGUCAUCAAUGUGUUUGUCAUCCGGGAUGGACUGGUGCUGCUUGUGAAAUUAACAUUGAUGAUUGUGCCAGUAACCCGUGUGGAAACGAUGGAGAAUGUACAGACAUGGUGAAUGGUUAUUCUUGUACUUGUGACGUUGGUUAUACUGGUAAAAGAUGUCAACAUUUGAUCGAUGAUUGUGCUUCGGGACCAUGUCAAAAUGGAGGAUCGUGUGUUGACAUGUUGGACGGAUUUAUGUGUCGCUGUAGACCUGGUUACUUAGGUCUUCAAUGUGAAGCUGGAAUUGACGAAUGUCUAAGUGAUCCAUGCAGUCCCGAAGGUACAGAACAAUGUUUAGAUUUGGACAACAAUUACAAGUGUGUAUGCCAUUCCGGAUACACUGGAAAUAUGUGUGAAAAKAACAUUGAUGAUUGCGCUUCUUCACCAUGCAUGAACAACGGUAAAUGUUACGAUGGUGUUAACACGUUCUCUUGCCAAUGUCCACCUGGCUGGACUGGAAAACGAUGUGAAAUCGAUUUAAGCUCAUGCCAGAGUAAACCAUGUUAUAACGACGCAACGUGUAUUAAUUUGUUCCAAGACUAUUUCUGUGUAUGUCCAUCAGGAACUGACGGAAAGCAGUGUGAGACUGCACCAGAACGUUGUAUUGGUAAUCCAUGUAUGCACGGUGGUAGAUGUCAAGAUUUUGGAUCUGGAUUGAAUUGCACGUGUCCGAGUGAUUAUGAUGGAAUCGGUUGCCAAUAUGAGUUUGAUGCUUGUCAAGCUAAUACAUGUAAAAAUGGAGCGACAUGUAUUGAUAACGGUCCGGGGUACAAGUGCAUCUGUCCACCUGGAUUUAUGGGUAAAAAUUGUGAUGAAGAUAUAGUUGACUGCAAAGAAAACUCAUGUCCACCUACAGCUACUUGUAUCGAUCUUACCAAUAAGUUCUAUUGCCAGUGUCCAUUUAAUUUGACGGGAGAUGAUUGUAGAAAAACUAUCCAAGUUGAUUACGAUUUUAGUUUCCCGGACGAGACACUAAGUAGUGCAGCUUUAACAGUUCCAUUCCAAUUCACAGGAUCCAGAGAUAGUUUCACUAUUGCUAUGUGGGUUCAAUAUGCACAAAAAGACGAACCAGGAAUAUUCUUCACGCUUUACAGUGUCACGUCUCCUCAUGUAGUACAGGGUCAACGAGUACUUAUACAAGCUCAUUCUAGUGGUGUUGAGGUAUCAAUUUUCCCAGAACUUCAAGAUGUGUUUUUGGCUUUCCACGAAUACACUACUAUUAACGAUGGACAGUGGCAUCACAUUGCAAUCGUGUGGAAUCAAGGUACACUAACUUUGAUCACCGAAGGAUUAAUCGCAAGUAAAAUGGAAGGUUACGGAACAGGCAGGAAGUUACCAGAAUUCGGUUGGACUGUGUUAGGAAAGCCAAGGAUGGACAGAAAAACAUUUACAGAAGCUGGUUUUAAGGGUCAGCUGAACAAAGUACAAAUUUGGGGACGGGCUCUUGAUAUCACUAAUGAAGUGCAGAAACAAGUUCGUGAUUGUAGAACCGAGCCAGUACUCUACCAAGGAUUAGUUCUCACGUGGGCAGGUUUCGAUGAUAUCCAAGGGGGCGUUGAAAGAAUCGUUCCUUCGAAAUGCAGUCAACACUCUUGCCCAGCUGGAUACACUGGACCGAACUGCGAACAGCUUCAAGUCGAUAAAAAACCACCCCAAGUUGAAUAUUGUCCAGGUGAUCUCUGGGUAAUUGCGAAAAAUGGUUCAGCAGUUGUCAAUUGGGAUGAACCAAGAUUUACUGAUAAUGUUGAAGUAGUAAGAGUUGAGGAGAAGAACGGCCAUAAACCUGGACAAACACUCCUUUGGGGAACUUAUCGUAUCGCAUAUGUGGCAUUUGACGAAGUUGGUAAUGCUGCUGUAUGCUCUUUUAGARUAUAUGUUCUAUCUGAAUUUUGUCCAACGCUGGCAGAUCCAAUUGGUGGAAAGCAACAAUGUAAAGAUUGGGGUUCCGGUGGACAGUUCAAAGUGUGUGAAAUCAGUUGUAAUCCAGGAUUAAGGUUCUCACAAGAAGUUCCUAAAUUCUACACGUGUGGUGCUGAAGGUUUCUGGAGACCCACCAUAGAUCCUGCUUACCCGACAAUCUAUCCUGCAUGUUCAGCAUCUAAACCAGCUCAACGAGUGUUCAAGGUCGACAUGAAAUUCCCUACGUCAGUACUAUGUAAUGAAGCGGGACAAGGAGUGCUGAAACAAAAAGUCAGAAAUGCAAUAAAUACGUUGAACAGAGAAUGGAACCUCUGUUCGUAUUCCAUUAAAGGAACACGCGAGUGCAAAGAUUUGAAUAUCGAAGUGAAAUGUGAUCAUCGGUCUUCGAGGCCAACUAGAAAUGUAGAAAACGACGAAAGUGAUUCUGCUGUCGCAAUAAGAGAGAAGAGGCAAGCCAGCGACACAUACUCGGUGCAGAUUUCGUUCCCAGCUAUCAAUGAUCCCGUGGUCAACAGUAACUCGAACCAAAGAGCAAACAUUCAAAGGCUAUUGGAAAAACUCAUAUUGGAAGAAGAUCAAUUUGACGUGCACGAUAUUCUACCGAACACAGUCCCAGACCCAGCUUCUCUGAACUUGGAAUCUGAUUAUGCUUGUCCCAUUGGAGAAGUGGUUAUGGCACCAGACUGCGUCCCGUGUUCCGUGGGAAGUUACUACGAAAAAGAAACGAAAAAAUGCGUACCGUGCAUGGUGGGUUCGUACCAAAGCGAAUCCGGUCAAUUACAGUGUUCAGUGUGCCCAGCAAUCGCGGGAAGGCAAGGUGUGACCGUGUCGACGGGAGCUAGGUCGGCAUCGGAGUGCAAAGAAAGGUGUCCAGCAGGCAAGUACUACGACGACGAGGCUGGUCUGUGCAGAAGUUGCGGUUAUGGCUUUUACCAGCCAUCAGAAGGAAGUUUCAAAUGCCUACUGUGUGGCCUUGGCAAGACUACGAGGACCACAGAGGCAGUGUCCCGAGAGGAAUGUCGAGACGAAUGUGCGGAUGGCAUGCAUUUGGGUAUCGAAGGGGAAUGUGAACCGUGUCCUAGAGGCACUUACCGAACUCAAGGYGUCGAACCGGCAUGUCAACAAUGUCCCGCUGGUAGAACCACCAAGCAAUCAGGAGCUUCUAGCAUUGAGGAAUGCUCUUUGCCAGUCUGCGUUCCAGGAACGUACUUGAACGCGACCCAGAAUAGUUGCAUCUCGUGCAAGAAGGGCACUUAUCAACCCGCCACGCAGCAGACCAACUGUUUGCCGUGUCCGCCAAACAUGAGCACCAARACCGUGGCUGCCACGAGCAAGUCUGAAUGCUGGAACCCGUGCGAGGCGAACGUGGCUGGCAAGCACUGCGACGCCAACGCCGACUGUCUGCUGAUACCGGAGACGUCAGACUUCAAAUGCGAAUGCCGUCCCGGAUUCAACGGAACCGGUAAGGUGUGCAAAGACGUGUGCGACGGCUACUGUGAGAAUAAGGGCACGUGCGUCAAGGACCUGCGCGGUCAACCGUCGUGCCGUUGCGUCGGGUCGUUCAUCGGACCCCACUGUGAGGACAAGUCCGACUUCGCGUACAUCGCCGGUGGCAUCGCGGCCACCGUCGUGUUCCUCAUCGUCAUCGCACUGUUCGUGUGGAUGAUCUGCGCUCGAUCGGAGCGUGUCAAAGAGCCCAAGAAGCUGAUGGCCCAGACCAAUGACCAGACGGGGUCCCAGGUMAACUUCUACUAUGGCGCGGCCCCGUACGCCGAGUCCAUAGCGCCGUCUCAUCACUCUACGUACGCACAUUACUACGACGACGAGGAGGACGGCUGGGAGAUGCCUAACUUCUACAACGAGACGUACAUGAAAGAGGGUCUGCACAACGGUAAGAUGAACAGCUUGGCCAGGUCGAACGCCAGCAUAUACGGUAACAAAGAAGACUUAUACGACAGACUCAAGAGGCACGCUUACAACGGCAAGAAAGAUAAAAGCGAUACCGAAAGCGAAUGCCAGUGAAUAGACUAAGAAUAAUAAUUAGUUGCUCAAAAGUAAAAAAAAAAAAAAAUAUUAAUA